AUGGCCACCACCAGCCCCUUCCCGGCGACCGAGCCGGAACUUGUCAAACUCCCGCUCCUCGCCAUCGAAAAGCGCUUCAUCAAUGACUGCAUCCGAGCCAUCUGCCACAGCAUCUUCCUUGCCCGGCACUUGGACCAGGUUCGCCCGAAGGACUUCCACGCAACGGACCCCGAUGCCGCAGGACUCGACGUUGUGUGGGCCGGUCCCGACAUCUUCGGCUCGUCCGAGGGCCCCGCUGCCGACUCCUCGAGCAAGUCCAUCCAGCACUUCUUCAACACCCUCAGCGAAUCCUUCAUCAAGGAAAUCCCCCAACGCUUGUCUCAGGUCCAGGUGACCUCACAGCCGCAGCCCACCUCCUCGGACGACAUCUAUAUCGACAUUUACGAUGUGACCAGCGUCCCGGCCGAUGCUCUGGGACAAUCGCCCGAUCGCGCUGCCGGGCCACCCCCCGGACGCCACCUCGAGCGGUGGGUUCUCCCCAUUCAACUUUUGACCGACUCCAGCCGCGGCCCGGUGGAGCUCUUCAACAUCGAAGCCCCGCGCCCCGGUGGAGGUGCUCUUCCCCCGCCCGACAACUCGCCCGGGGCGGUGGAUGCUCGCUUGAAGCUUGAGAACAUCCUCGCUCGGAUCGGCGCACACACCUUGGCCACGUCCAACUGGUGGGCUGACACCGGAUCCGUGCGCGUGGCCUUGGUGGUAUGA